AGAACAUAGCUGGUUGCCUAGCUAACACCUCCUGAAUAAAUGCGACUGAGGAUCACAAACAUUUAUCUCUGAAAUUGAUUAUAGAAAGAAAUGGCUGGUGCUCUUCAAACUUUCUGUAAGAUCUUUGCCAGGCCCAUCCUCUCAUCCCAGGUCCAGGAGCCAUCCCGAGCCCAUCACCAAGGGGAUGUCAGUGUGGGGUAUUGCCAGAGGGAUGUCGGUUUGGGCUUUGUCGCUGGGGCAGCCCCAAGCAGGGCUGCUGGGGCAGUGCCCUGCUCCUGCUGGGCUCUGCGGGCUCAAGCGGGCACCCUCCGGGGCUGCUCCGGGCUGCGUGGAGCCACCGCACCCAGCGAUCGCCCCCCGCUUCGGGUGGGUGCCUCAGGAGAAGUCCUCCAGCGACGUCCCGCUGAGAACACCCCUUCCGUUCCCUCCGCUUGGCAGAGGAGCAUCCUCACGCGGGGGAAGCAGGGGUCCCUUACGUGGGAGGACCACGGGUCCCCAGCCGGCAGGAGCCGGGGACACGGCAUCGGAGCCCGCGGUGCCCUCUCCCCGCCGAGCGCGCUCCCCCUCGGGGCAGCCCUCGCCGCUAAGCCCGCGGAGCGGCUCUGCCUUACCUGAUGCACCUGUGCUGCUGGGUGCACAGCAGGACCAAAGCGGGGAAAAGCCAGGACACGCUUAUUCCCGAAAAGACCGAAAACUCGGACGCCGGGGACCCGUCGCCUUCCAGGACCCAACUCCCUCAGGCGCCGUCCCUCCCAGCUGCCACCACCCGCCCAGACACGCACCACUCCGCGAGCCUGGUUUUUAAAGAACCAUGAAUAUUGAAGAUAGCAAGUUCAGUGAUAAUAAUGAAGAGGACCAAAAAACUCCUUUACCAUUUCUGGAAGAGGAAGAAGACCAGGCUGGUCAGUGCUCUGAUGUGAAAGAAUGCUGGAGAGAAUACCAGCUUGAAGAAGAGUUGGCUGAUGGUGGUAAGAUGUGGAACAAGGUCACUUCUGAAGGAGCUGGAGACAAGUCUGAAUCUAGCAUAGAACACUGUUGGAGUGACGUUAAUGAUAUUGGGGCUAUGAAGUAUGCAGAUAGAAUUUCCAUAGUAGCCUUAUACAGGAACCUAAAACAGCUCAACAACAUAGCCAAAGAAAAGGAACUUGUGGUCACAAAAAUCAGAGACGAGCUGACUACCUGCCAGCUGCGGAUCAAAAUGCUAGAAAAGCAGCUGGAGUACGUAGACGUUGAAAUACAAAAAGAGAAGGAGGCUGGCAAUGUUGCAGCCCUGUUCCGCCUACGGGCAGUGCACAGGCGACUGUGCACUGAACUGGAGGAUGAGAAGGAUUUUGAGUUGAAAAUUGCUUUGACGCUGAAAGAAAACAUGCUUGAGAUGUGGCGGAUAGAAACUGAGCAGGGAAAAUAUGAAGCCCUCCAUAAACAACUUCAAAAAGAUGAGGAGGAGCUAGAGACUCAAUACCAAGAAAAAGCAGAAGCACGGAUUCAUAAGGAAAAAAUAGCAGCACUGCAAGCAGAAGAAAAUCAGCUGUCAAGAAAAAAAAAAGAAGAAGAAGCCCAGAAGGAAUGUGAAGAAAGGCAUAAAAAAAUGCUUGAAGUAGCCAAAAAGAACCGUGAAAAAGCAGUCUCUUUCCUGAGAAAAAGCAUGGCAAGAAUUCAUGAGGAGAAUGCAAAGGAAGAAGUGAAAACUCAGGAGCAUAUGGAGAGAAGGAUACAAGCUGUGCUCUCCCUGAAAAACAGCAUAACUUCCAAUAGGGAAAAACUUCAAGCACUCCAGGCUUGGAACAAAGCAAUGGCCCUUGAGGCUAAGAAAGAGGAGUUGAAAAUGAAGGAGGCCACCUUAGCAGAAGGAGGCAAUGUUGCCAAGGAAAUUUUUCUCCAUAAACGACUGUUACAGCAUGAAAGAGAGAAACAAGCUUUUAGAGAACAGCAAAAGUCAAGAAAAAUUGAGAUUGUAUCUCGAAUUUUACAAGAGAAAGCAUCUAUUCGUAAGCAAAAAAAUCGUCAGUCAUGUACUAAGGCAAGUAAGAGUGGUGGUAAACUUAUGGAUUCUUUACUGUGGAGAAGGAAGAUGUGGCACUAUAUUGAGAAGACCUGCGGACAUCCAGCUGGAGCAAUGUCACAGUUAAGGUGCUCACCAGCUGAGGAACAAGCUCAUGGAGAGAGAACUGCUUUUGUAGGAGAUGAUGUGCUCUGUGAAAGUGUUGAAGAUGAGAAAGAGAAGGACAAGACCUUAGUAGAACCAGAGUUCCCUGGACUUUGGAGUCAGGAAUAUGACUUGCACAAGGUAUCCAACGAAGACGUGGAUACAAAGCAGGUGGCUCUGAGUGUAAUGAAAAAUGAGAUUUUUGAGAAAAAAAUGGAAGAAUUCCAAACUACGUUUUUUCACAAGCAAAUAGUGUCUGGUCAUGAACCUAAGGGACGUACUUUCUAUAGAAAACCAAGCUACGUUCAUUUCAAGGAUUUUGAUGUUGGUAAAAUCUACAAAAAGAAGAUAGUUUUGACAAAUGCAUCCUACAGUGUUAACUUUUGCAGACUGGUGGGAAUCAGUGAAUGUCUGAAGGACUUCAUCAGCAUUCAGUUUGAGCCACCUGGCAAAAUGUCUCCUGGAAUGUCCUGUGAAGUAGGAGUAACCUUUAAGCCAGCAACAGAUGAAAAUCUGGAAGGAGAAGUCAUGUUUAUGGCCCAGACAGGUUCUUUUUCUGUUCCAUUGAAAUGUACAGCCAAGACAUGCAUUCUGGCACUAGAUAAAGUGCUCAUUGACUUUGGCACUCAUGUGGUGGGAGAGACAAUUUCACGGACCAUCAACCUGACAAACAAUGGCGCUUUGGGAACAAGAUUCAAAGUUCAGGCAUCAGCAGGUGACAGUAGUACACGCAGAGCAACAGCAAAAUCUUCUCCUGGAAAUACUGUUCUUAAAACCCAGUUUGAGCUUUCAGAACAAUUUACUCAAGAUGCAUCAAGUUUCAGAUCAGACCUAGACACAGAUAAUGCACAUAAUUUAAUGGAACCUUCUGAAGAAACACUGCAUGAAAUUAUGCUGGGAAAGGUUACUGAAGGGGAAAUCAGACCCUUCAGCUCAGUCAAACUUCAGAUUAUAUUUAUCCCAGCUAUCCCUGGGGCAGUACGGGCAGAGUUUGUGAUUGUGUUUGACAACUCAGACUGCAAACCACUGUGCUUUAGUGCCAUUGGAGUUUCUAUUGAUGUGCCAGUUUGGGUGCCCAAUCCCAACAUUGAUUUUAAGAUCUGUAUGUAUGACCGACUUUACCAGGACUGCGUUGUCAUUCAAAGCAGAGCAAAAGCUACACUGCGUCUGAAGUUUGAAGUCUGCAAAGAAUUGAGUAAGCAUAUGGAACUGCUUCCGAAAACAGGUUACAUUCAGGCUCAGUCAUCCUUCACUGUGCAACUGAAGUUUUUGCCCAGGCACUCUCUUCCUCGAGAUGCAGGGAGCUAUUUUAAUGAAGAGACGAGUGUUCUGGAAGUUCCAGUGACAAUUCUGAUUGCAGAUAAGACUAAACAAGUCAAUUUUACUGUCCAUGCAAUUGUUACUACUUCUGAAUUGGAAAUCAGUCCAGCAGAAAUCGAUUUUGGAUACUGCACAAUCUAUGAAGCUGUGCAGACAAAUGUCACACUAACAAACAAGUCCAUCUUGCCACAGGAGUUUGGAUUUGUGGGACUUCCAGAGUUUGUUGAAAUUCAACCAAAUGACGGCUUCGGUGUUCUUCUUCCCCUUGAAAGCCUGACACUGGACAUAAUCUUUAAAGCCAACAAGGCAAAAGAGUAUGGCUUUGAGCUGACCUGCAAGUCAGAGAGUAAUAGACGAUUCAAGCUGUCAUGCAGAGCAGUUGGAGUCCACCCACCUCUUGAAUUGUCUCAUUCCUUAGUUCAGUUUGCUGCAACAGCUCUAAAUGAUGUGUCUACAGCAACACUGUAUGUGAUGAAUUCCCAUGUGAGUGUCAACCACUUUACUCAUGCUGUCCCAAGAAUUGACAGUGGGGAAAUUGCCCAUGUUGGACCCACUUCAUUUGAAUUCCAUGUGCCAGAAGACUGUCCUGUGACAGUCACGCCUUCUGUUGGAACUGUAUUGCCUGGGAAGAAAAGCUUGAUUCAAGUGUCCUUCAGACCAACAUUGUCAGAUCAGCUAAUCAGAGAAGAGGCAGCUCAGAGGCUUGGCAGAGCAGCUGCAACAGGGGCAGAAAUACAAAAAAAGAAAGAUGAAAAGAGAGAGGGAAAGAAAUUAAACGUUCCCAUUACCAGACAGCAUUCUUCUAGACAGUUUCUAAGGGACGGAAGCAGCAAAUACCUGAGUUCUUCAAGUAGUUCUGAGCAACCAGAAUCCAAAGAGAUAAAGCCUGAUUCGGAAAGUUAUAUGGAAGCCCAGGCUUUCCUGAUGAGGAAUUUCAGAGGGAGGUUUGAAAAAUACAUCAUACCGUGCUUUGUUGCAAGUGGAGAUAUUGACGAAAAGAAAGACUCAGAAAGUCUCACCUGCAGCCCCUAUAACACCUUGUUUUUGGAGUUGCACUGUCCAGCUGUAGCACCAUCUGUUGUGGUCACUUCAGAUAAUGGAAAAAACACAGUAAAUUUUGGUGAUGUUGCAGUAGGCCACACAAUAAUUAAGCAAGUUACAAUACAAAAUAUCUCCCCAGAAAAGCUGGAACUAGGAUUCUCAGUUCUGAAUCCCAGUGGUCCCUUCCUGUUGGUCAGACCAGUUAGAAUACUUGAGCCAGGUGAAAAUAAAGCCCUCAUCAUCUCUUUUUCUCCAAAUGAGAAUAAAUUGUUUUUUGAAGCGCUAGACAUCCGGACAGCACAAAAGAACUUAACCCUAAGUAUCAUGGGGUGUGGGGUGAUGCCAUCAAUUGUUUGCUCUGUGGAGGAAGUACUGGAUAUGGGAUAUGUCCUUGCCAGAGAGAAGACAACUUUCACGUUUGAGAUGCAGAACACUUCUACACUGACCCUGCAAUAUUCCAUCCAACUGGAUUCACUUUCUCCAACAAGGAACAAAGAUCAGCAGAGACUUCCAUCCUUUCUUACGUCCUCUUUGCAAAGAACAGAGAUUGUUGGAACAGAGAACUAUAGUGGUUUAAGCGUGUUCAGCAUCUUUCCGACACAAGGAGAAAUUGCUGCUGGGAAGAGCCAGGAUUUUGUUGUUACUUUCAGUCCUGAUCAUGAAAGCCUGUACUAUUUGGACUGUCUCAAGGUUGUGCUCUUUGGCAAGAAAAUAGCCCAUGUAAUCCAGCUAAAGGGUGCAGCAAAAGAACAUCCAAUGUUUGUGGAAGGUGGAAUUCCACUCGAUGUGCCCAUCGAGUCCUUGGCUGUAAUGUUACCUGUGUCAUCGCAGGAAGCACUCAAGGAAGAGCUACAAGAACCAGUGAAAUCCAUUCUCCUGGUACUGGAGCACAUCGAGGGAGAGAAUUCUCUGGUGCCAGCAAAAACAGAACUGAGAGUUGGAGCUAUACGGACAGCUCAGUUUGCAACUAAGAAGAAUGUGGAGUUCAGUUUUGAUAACCUGUCACUCCUGCAGAAGAAGGGAUUCAGUGUUGAAUUUGUCAAGGGAACCGUUGAUCGUGGUCAAGUAAAAUGCAUCAGCGUUUCUUGGGUGCCACCUGCUGACUUGGAUACCACUGGCCCUGUGAUGGAGACAGCCCUCCUGACCUUAAAGGGUGACGUUAAGGAAUCUUACCGAAUCAUCUGCAUGGCGAAAGUUAUAUCAGCGUGUGCUCCCAGUAACUGAUGGAACCAAGCUAAAUGGGAAGGAAAAUGGAGACUUAUAUUUUUGGGGAGGUCUUUGGAUCUCAGUUGGAACAUGAAAAGAUUUUGAGAUUGCUGCAGAUAUGUAAGGGGAGGUAGGAGAGAGAAAGGAAGGUAACUUAUACAUUUUCUGCCUCUUUUUUUUCUUUACAAAAUUCUGUAUAAACUCUGUUUCCAAUAGUUUUAUUUUCAGACUGACUGUGACAAUAACCUUGUAGUAGAAGGAAGAAUUAACAUAAGGGGCCACUUGGAUGCAUCUGCUGUUAAUCCCAGUGUUUUCCAAAGGCAAAUUCACUCAGGCAUAUUUUUGUUGAAUUUCUAAAUGUGUGAGUUUCAAGCAAUGUAUCUUUUUCUGGCCUCAUUUUCACAUAUGUAGAAAGUCCCUGAUAUUUUUUUUCCUGUUAAGACUACAAUAAAGCUUUUAUUUUUAAGUCUC